AAUCAAUUUAUAAAUCGAUCUUCAGUUUUAUUCGAAACCGCUGAUAAGAAUGUUCGCUUUUCAUUGGAAUAGAAAGAAGCGUGUUACGUUUUUUCUGUGAAUAAGAUUUAAUUUCGCCAUAUUAUAAAAAUAAUACAAAUAAAAACAAAAGAAAACCACACAAACAAACAUGCCACCAAAAUUGUCCAUGAGAGUUGCCAAUAAAUCGCCCUGGUUUUGUGUGGCCUGUGUCAUGGCCAUUUUGGCCAUUAUUAUUUAUGCCUGUCUCACCGCGUACAAUGUCACAGGCCUGUUGAUCUAUUAUCAAAUAAUUGAAGAACAAACCAAAGAUACGGAUCCAGAUGUUUGGACAAAUGAGCUGAGAGCUCUACUUAAACACAUUAGCGCAAUUAAUCUAUAUGCCAACAUUGCCAGCCUUUUCGUUUACGUAGUCAUGUUAAUUCUAUCGGUGCUAAUGAUAGUUGGUUUGGAAAUGAAACGUCAUCAAUUCAUUUCACCAUGGCUAGUGGCGGGCUGCAUUAUGGUUGGUUGCGGCUUCUGCCUGAACAUCGUUACAUCCCAGAGAGAUAGCCUCUUGGAUUACAUUGUGAUGGGCCUCCAAAUAUUUACGUGGUUUCCCGUCUAUACCUAUUACAAAAAGCUUCGCCCGACACGUUACUGGAAACAAUACGGAUUUAUUAACGUCUAUCGCGUCUGGGAUCAACCGGAGAAAUUUCAUCAAUGGCGUGGACAGUUUCCAAUUUUUUUGCCAAACAAAAGUUGCACAUCUGAGGGAGAAAUAAAAGCUUAAAUAAAAUUGUGAUUUUUAUUUGUAAAUUAUAAAAAAAAUUAAUGAAUUAAAUAAAUUUUUCUGAAUGAAUGGCAUCCCUAAA